AUGUCGACCUCCACCUCGCCCCCGCAGGAGAUCAGGAGUGAGAUCAAGAUCGUUGAGAAGAAGGCCGUGAACCAGACCGUGCAGCAGAUCCGCUCGCUGGCGGCUGGUGCUGCUGGUGGUCUCUGUGCUGUCAUCGUGGGCCAUCCCUUCGACCUGGUCAAGGUGCGCCUGCAGACCGCGGAGAAGGGUAUCUACUCGGGCGCCAUGGACGUCGUGCGAAAGACCGUUGCUCGCGAGGGUCUCGUGAGGGGAAUGUACGCUGGGGUGUCUGCCCCGCUUGUGGGUGUGACUCCGAUGUUUGCUGUCAGCUUUUGGGGCUAUGACCUGGGCAAGACCCUGGUGAACAACCUCUCCACUGUCCCCGUAGUCAACAACACCCCGCAGUAUUCGAUCGCCCAGAUCUCGUCUGCCGGUUUCUUUUCUGCCAUCCCAAUGACCCUCAUCACCGCGCCCUUCGAGCGCGUCAAGGUCCUUUUGCAGAUCCAAGGUCAGAAGACUCUCGCCCCCGGCGAGAAGCCCAAGUACUCCGGUGGUAUGGAUGUGGUGCGUCAGCUGUACAAGGAGGGCGGUGUUCGCAGUGUGUUCCGUGGCAGUGCUAUGACUCUGGCUCGUGACGGUCCCGGCUCGGCCGCCUACUUUGCCGCGUACGAGUACAUCAAGCGGUCGCUGACCCCGAAGGAUGCCAACGGCAACGUCACCGGCGAGCUGUCCCUGCCCGCCGUUCUGGCUGCUGGUGGUGCCGCCGGUAUCGCCAUGUGGAUUCCCGUCUUCCCUGUCGACACCAUCAAGUCCCGUCUGCAGAGCGCCCCCGGCAAGCCCACUAUCGGCGGAACUAUCCGAACCGUGUACGCCAGCGGCGGUUUCAAGGCCUUCUUCCCCGGCUUCGGCCCGGCCCUGUGCCGUGCUGUUCCCGCUAACGCGGCCACUUUUGCUGGUGUGGAGCUCGCCCACAAGGCUAUGAACAAGCUUUUUGAUUAA